AUGGGUGGAGAGGGUUUUUGGCAAUGCAAAGCAUUGGUAUUUGCCAAUGCAAAGCCAAAGAGAAGCACCAAAUAUAAGAGCAAAGAGUGUAAUUGCAUUGCCAUAACUAAGUCUAAGUGGAGAGGGUUUUUGGUGCUCUUCCUGGUAUACUGCUGCUCCAUGGAGUUUAUGAAGAGCCUAGAGGGAGGUGGUACAUAA